AUCACUUCCAUUUUUGCUAGAAACUAUUUUGAACCCCCUUUGGAAAUUUCUUUUCUCCGUGCAUUAUAAUUUGGGGGGAUGAUUAUCCAGAGAUUAUUCUUCCAACAUGAUUCACCUUAAGGACAAAAACAACAGAGGGAAGUAUAAGUGGAGCAGCUGUAAAGGACAAAGAAGACUUAACAGACAAGGAAACACCGUUGCUGUAAGAGGACAGCUGAGGAGUCUGCAAAAUGCAUUUGAUUCAUGCAAACUGGAACUAAAGAAUAUCAUGCUAGCAAAUACAAUGAAGGAUAAAAUAAAUCAAGUCACAGCAUUAAUUUAAUAUAGAGGAUUUUUCAAAUACAUUGUAAGUGUUUUUCUUAAUAGCAUUUUUCAGAAUGAUAGCAUUAAAUAAAUAUAUGGUAUUUAAUAACUUCCAUGAUAGGACAAAAUAAUAAUGUAACUAAUUAUUGCAGUAUUUUUUUAAUUGUCAGUUACAUGAUUAAAAUGUUUUGGGGGAAGAUCGCUAUGACUAAAAACAUUGGAGGAGGAUGGAUUGCUUUUUCUUUUUAACAUUUUGAAAUUGACUGUAAUUGUUCAGCAAGACUCAUUGUAUAUAAUAAUAUCAAAUUAUAUAUGAAAUUGAAAAUCAUACAGUCAGCUGAACGACUGUCAGUUUUCUUAACAUUUUAUUUCCUUUUUGGCACUAAUAAUCAAUUUAGAGCUUAAUGGUAAUAAAACAGCUGCAAUUUGCAUUUUCAAUGGUAUAUACUCACCAGUUUCAGAAUUUUUAGAAAUGGAUAUUUUUUCUGAAGAAUGGUCUGUGAACCUAACAGCACAUUCCUUACUACCAUUAAGCCAAGCUAGAAAAUUCAACAGAAGUGUACUUACAUCUGAAGAAAUUAACAAGUCUUGUUUAUGCAAUGUGACUGCAGACUUCAAUCAUACAAUGAACUGUUCUUGUGAAGGGAACCUGACUACAUCAUUAUUUCCUAUUCUUCAUGAGAAAAACUGGCCUGCUCUUUUAACUAUUAUUGUGAUUAUUAUAACCAUUUUUGGAAAUAUUCUAGUCAUCUUGGCUGUCUCACUAGAAAAGAAGCUGCACAAUGCCACAAAUUAUUUCCUGAUGUCACUUGCAAUAACGGAUAUGCUCUUGGGUUUUCUUGUCAUGCCGAUAUCAAUGCUAACUAUAUUAUAUGAAUAUACUUGGCCACUGCCCAGGAACCUCUGUACUGUAUGGAUUUAUUUAGAUGUGCUUUUCUCCACUGCCUCCAUCAUGCAUCUCUGUGCCAUAUCUCUGGAUCGUUACAUUGCCAUUCAAGAUCCCAUUCAUCACAGCCAGUUUAACUCCAGAACAAAGGCCUUGGCAAAAAUUGCUCUUGUUUGGACAGUAUCAAUAGGUAUUUCAAUGCCAGUUCCUAUAUUUGGAUUCCGUGAUGAUUCUAAAGUUUUCAAGAAUGGAAGCUGUUUUCUUGUGGAUGAGAAGUUUGUUUUAAUUGGUUCUUUUGUAGCAUUUUUUAUUCCACUUGCUAUCAUGGUGAUCACCUAUUUUUUAACUAUAAAAUCCCUUCAAAAAGAAGCCACAUUAUGCAUGAAUGAUCUUGAUUCAAAAGCCAAGUUUGGCUCAUUCAGCUUUUUUCCUCAAAGUUCUCUUUCUUUGGAUAAACAUUUCACGCACUCUCUGAACAAAGAAUCGGGAACUUUUAGGAGGAGAAAGAUGCAAUCAAUAAGUAAUGAACAGAAAGCAUCCAAGGUACUUGGAAUUGUCUUUUUCCUGUUUGUGGUAAUGUGGUGUCCUUUUUUCAUCACGAAUGUGAUGGUAGUUUUUUGCAAGGUGUGUGACAAAGAUGUAAUCAAGGAUCUGCUUAACAUUUUUGUUUGGAUUGGCUACCUUUCUUCAGCAGUCAACCCACUUAUAUAUACAUUAUUCAGUAAAACAUAUCGAUCUGCUUUUGUACGUUACAUCCAAUGUCACUACAGAGAGAAAAAGAAACCUCUGCGGUUGUUCUUAGUGGACACUAUCCCUACUGUAGUGUACAACUCACAUCAGUUAACACAAAUGAAACGCAUUAAAAAGGCAUCUAAGCUGAUGGCUAAACACUAUUCUACAGGGACAUCUGAAAUACAUGAUCUGGAUGAAACCUUAACGAGCAAAGUCAGCAACAUGGAUGAAAAGACUUUGAACUACUAUGACUCAUUACACAGGUCCUCCUCAAGUUACAACCACAAUUGGAACCAGAAUUUCCACUGCUGAGCAAGGCAGUUGUUAAGUGAUUUGUGCCUGAUUUAAUGACAUGUACCAGUUACAGAAUUUUUAAUUCAUUUUGUUGUGGCACCUGCAGGAAAUAGGGGUUAUGGUUUCUUUAACUGCAUUUAAUUUUAUCAGAUAAACUCCCUGCACUUUAGAAAAUUGAGUCUUUAUUCUCAAUUAUACCAAUAAUGAAACUGAAUUUAAUUACUGUAUGUAGAGUGAUUACAGCCAUAUUGUCAGAGGACAUCCCAUAUACAUCUAUGACUUUAUGAUUCUACAUUCCACAGAUAUCUCCAGGAGAAUUUAACACCUUUUCUGCAGGGCUAUCUACUGGUAGAUCUUCUAAAUGUAAACUGCACAUAGCAUAAUGAUAUUGGUUUUUUACUUUGAUGUAUUUUAUAUAGAUCUAAGAAUCCCCGAAGGGAAAGACAUUACCUAGAAGGUAUAUGGAUAUAAGAUUCCUCUCUUUUUCCUUGUACAUUUUGCUGUAUUAGUUCUAACUUCAAGAGGACAAGUUUCAAUAGCUUUGAGAAAAAAAACUGCCUUUUAAAUGUGAUACAAUAACAGAAUGGAAUGGAAUGGAAUGGAAUGGAAUGGAAUGGAAUAGAAUAGAAUAGAAUAGAAUAGAAUAGAAUAGAAUAGAAUAGAAUUUAUUGGUCAAGUGUGAUUGGACACACAAGGAAUUUGUCUUGAUGCAUAUGCUCUCAGUGUACAUAAAAGAUACAUUCAUCAAGGGACAACAUUUACAACACAAAUGAUGGUCAUAGGGUACAAUUUAAUCCUUAAUGAUAGCAACAAAAAGUUACAGUCAUACAGUCAUAAGUGGAAAGAGAUGGGUGAUGGAAACGAUGAGAAGAUUAAUAGUAGUGUAGAUUUAGUAAAUAGUUUGGCAGUGUUGAGGGAAUUAUUCGUUUAGCAGAGUGAUGGCCUUCGGGGAAAAACUGUUCUUGUGUCUAGUUGUUCUGGUGUGCAGUGCUCUAUAGCGUCGUUUUGAGGGUAGGAGUUGAAACAGUUUAUGUCCAGGAUGUGAGGGAUCUGUAAAUAUUUUCACGGCCCUCUUCUUGAUUCACACAGUAUACAGGUCCUCAAUGGAAAACAGGUUGGUAGCAAUUAUUUUUUCUGCAGUUCUAAUUAUCCUCUGAAGUCUGUGUCUUUCUUGUUGGGUUGCAGAACCAAA